UCCGCUCGUCCAGGCGCGAUGCCACUCUCGCUUUUGUACUGUAUCUUCGGUAUCUCUGUCGUCCCGCGGCUUGGAGCGACGGCGUGGUUGGGAAGUUUUCAACCAGUAAAUGGCACGGCCAAUACUACGCUGAUUGAAGGUGCUGGUCAGAUUUUAUGUAGUUUUCACACGAAAGUGGUCUAUGUAUAUUUCGAAAAUGGUACCUCUUCCGGUUAUUCGGGUGAUAUAUUACGUUAUUUAAGUGAUUGCGGUACUUCAUACAUUACAUUAAGGAAUCGUAUUAAAACCGCACCGUUGGAGCUCAUCAAAAACGAUGGUAUACUACUGUAUCUGGUAAUGAUCUUUCACGAUGCUUCCCAACGGGUCGAUCUUGGCAUUCUACGCAAAAAAUCCUCAGCUAAGCACCUCUCCCAUGUCAUCAUGCUCAUUAUAAAUUCAAAUACAGUGACAGAGAGUUGGUUGCGUCACACCUUCACGAUCUUUUGGCAAAUUUGGUUUCUCAACAUUGUGAUCAUGUUCAAACGAGACAAUGUGUUGCAAAUCUAUAGAUACAAUCCUUUCGCAGAUGAAUUCCUUAUACAUAUUCAGCUGGACAACCAGAGAUUUCCAAAGAAAGAUGAUCUCUUUCCAACGAAUUUGCCGAAUAUGGGAGGCAGGCCGUUACGAGUGUGCAUGUAUCACGAUGAGGUGCGUGCCAUUUUCGAAGAUGAAAACGAUGGUCAGAAACUAAUUGGAAGUGAUGCUUUGAUGUCACAGUUCAUUGCGGAACGCUUAAACGCCACGCGUAUCAUACACCGUGUUAGUAUGUUCGGUAACUUUACGCUAAAAGCAGAUAUUUGCUUUAAAGAAAUCGCACAGGAAUUAGAUGAUGUAGCAUUUAAUAUACGUUUUCUGGCAGCGCCAACUUUUUCCGAACAAGCCGAAUAUACGAUCGUUCACAGUCGUGAUAGUCUAUGCGCUUUGGUGCCGAAGGCGAAAAUAGCGACGACAUUUUGGAAUUUAUUUCGCUCGUUCACUAUUACCGUUUGGCUGACGAUUUUACUGUCGAUUCCACUCGCCUAUAUCUUUUGUAACUUAGUACAUCUGCGCCUGAACAAAUCGGAAUUCGAUCUACUUCAACUGUAUGCCAUUACAUUAACAAUGCCCUUGACACGUAUACCCACACGCACGCCGCUGCGCAUUUUCCUCUUCUUCUGGCUGUUCUACGGCAUGUUAAUUUGCAAUGCAUUUAAAGGCAAUCUCACAAGCAGCCUUGUUUUUCGCACAUAUCUUGAGGACGUGAAUACCUUGAAGGAUUUGGCUGAGUCGCCGUAUUAUUUGUUAACCUAUAUCAGACAUACCAAACAUUUAGAUCGUUUUCUGAAUGUCAGUGAUCCAUAUGAAGCCAUUAUCAAACGUAAAAUAGUUGUUGUGCCCGAUGAAGAACUUUUGACUGGAAUAAAAAAGAAUAACCGCUCGUACGCAUAUGUUCAGAAGUAUCACUUUGCUGCAUUCUACGCUAAUGCUCGCGUUCACUCUUUACGCGGAAGACCCUUAUUCCAUGUGAUGUCCGCUUGCUUGGUACCUUUUCACGCCGUCUACAUCGUGCCUUAUGGAUCACCUUAUUUGGGUUUCAUCAAUAGGCUAAUACGCAGCUCUCACGAGUUCGGCUACAGUAUCCAUUGGGAAAGCCUCAUGAAUGCGGCCUUCAUAGAAUCAGGAAAGAAAAGUAUCCGCAAUGUGAUGAAUGAUGACGACCCAGUUGUACUUAAAUUGGGCCAUUUUCAGGCAGCUUUCGGUAUAUUAUUUGUUGGCCUCACAAUAGCAUCCUUUGCAUUUGUGUGGGAAAUAUUAGGACAACCAGACUUUAAACACAUUCUUAGAAGUUUAUAUUAAAUGAUGGCUUGUCGCUUGGAAGCACAAAUAUACAAACAUUGCGAAGCAUUCAUUUAAAUUCGCAAAAGCAAUCACCGAAGACAAAAACAAAUAUAACAUAUCGCGCAGUUCAAUACAGAAAUCAUGCAAUCUUGGUAUUUUAACUCACCAUUUUUUUCUCUUCUAAGAGUCUAUUCGCUUCUUUCAGCGCGAUAACUUCAUUUGUCAGUCUUUGUACUUCAUAGUUGGUCGCAUUGCCAACUAUGGAAGCAUUU